CACCUGGUUCCUCCUUCAAGCUGCGUUGCAGUGUGCAAUGCGUGUGUGCUGGUUAUGGAUAUAGUGUCGCCUUCUACCAGUUGACACACACACACACAUUCACGUUCGCUCAGCAAGGUCCGGAAGCGACAGAGUAUUGGAGAAUGUAAACCCAGUCUGCUACUACCGUCCAGAAACUAAUUCUGAUCACAACCGCUUUUCAAUGAGCGGAGGAAGAAGACGGUGCAAUAAGUUUUUGCUAUAAACAUUGCCAUUUUAAAUACUGACAAGGAAUUGGUGCAUUAAACGCAGUAGUAAAUUGAACUUUAAAAAAAAAAAGAAAGGCAAACGCGAGUUAGGGAGAAAGAUGGCAGCGAAUCCGCCAUUCGCCAGCAGAACGAAAACCAAGAAGAAACAUUUUGUGGCUCAGAAAGUGAAGCUGUUCCGAGCCAGCGAUCCAUUGCUCAGCGUCCUGAUGUGGGGAGUCAAUCACUCGAUCAAUGAACUGAGUCAUGUUCAAAUUCCGAUUAUGUUGAUGCCCGAUGACUUCAAAGCCUACAGCAAGAUAAAAGUGGACAACCAUCUUUUCAAUAAGGAGAAUAUGCCCAGUCACUUCAAGUUUAAAGAAUACUGCCCGAUGGUCUUCCGAAAUUUGAGAGAGAGGUUUACAAUUGAUGAUCAGGAUUUCCAGAAUUCAGUGACACGAAGUGCUCCCUUUUCAAAUGACUCCCAAGGUCGAAGUGGAGCUCGGUUUCACACCACGUAUGACAGAAGAUAUGUAGUCAAAACGAUAUCCAGUGAAGAUGUGGCCGAGAUGCACAACAUAUUGAAAAAAUACCAUCAGUAUAUUGUGGAAUGCCAUGGAAACACCCUCAUUCCACAGUUCCUGGGAAUGUAUCGACUGACAGUGGAUGGGGUUGAGACCUACAUGAUUGUUACAAGGAAUGUUUUUGGUCAUCGACUCCAUGUUUAUCGGAAAUAUGAUUUGAAGGGUUCCACUGUAGCCAGAGAAGCGAGUGACAAAGAAAAGGCCAAGGAAUUACCGACAUACAAGGACAAUGACUUCAUUAACGAUGGGCAAAAGAUUCACAUUAACGAAGAGAACAAAAAACUGUUCCUUGAGAAACUUAAGAAGGAUGUUGAGUUUCUUGCUCAGCUGAAGAUUAUGGAUUACAGUCUUCUGGUUGGUAUUCAUGACGUUGAACGAGCUGAACAGGAUGAAAUGGAGUUUGAGGAUGAAGAGGAUGAAGGAGAAAGUGAUGGAGCAGGAGGCCAAGUGACGGGGUCUUGUGGAACACCUCCAGACAGCCCCGGAAACAUACUCAACAGCUCAAGGCCGUUAGCACUGGGUGAAUUUGACCCAACUAUUGAUGUGUAUGCCAUAAAAAGCCAUGAAAACUCCCAGAGGAAGGAGGUAUACUUCUUGGGAAUUAUUGACAUUCUGACACAUUAUGAUGCAAAGAAGAAAGCAGCACAUGCUGCCAAAACCGUCAAACAUGGAGCUGGUGCAGAAAUAUCCACUGUGAAUCCAGAGCAGUACUCGAAGCGCUUUGUGGAAUUUAUCACCAGUAUUUUGACAUAACCUAACAUGUGCACGAACAGGAGGGGUGAUAAUGACAUUUGAAUGAAAGGAGCUAAAUGAAGUGGCAUCUACAGCAUUUGUCUUGACGAAAGCAUUCCCUUGUUUACAUUUUCUAAUUAUGAUGACUGUUGGAAAAUAGCUUUACCUGCUUCCUGAAUAUCCCAGCACGGUUCUCCCGAUUAAUGACUUGAUAUUGUGGGGGAAACAUAUAAAAAUCUUUGGAGUGCACUGCAUACACACUCUGAGACCAGCUGUGAUGGAACGUUGUGGGGAGAGGUACUUUAACGAAGGGGAAGAAACUGCAUGUUAUUUGACACACAGUAAUCACUAGUAUCAAAUUAUAAACUGUGGAUCGGUUUAUCACUUGAACUGAAAGAAGGAGAGCAGUAUUUGUUUAACUUGCUAAUGUUACACUUCUGUUGUGCACACUGGCACUCCUCUAGGUGGCUUCAUGGUUUAUCGUUUCUUCAAAGGAAUCAUGUCAUAACAAAACUUACAAUGUACUGUAAAAUAAUGUAGAAAUAAAUUUGGCUUCAAUCCCCACAUUUUUUUGGCAGCUUGUACUAUAUACGUGUUUAAAAAUUAUAAUUCUUACGGGCAAAAUUCAAUAAAAAACCACUGUGACCCUCUGAAAUAUUAACUGGGUUGUCACACAGUACAGAAAAGAUGUGCUUUAAUUGUUGAGAUCUGCCUUAUUUUUAUUUAGCAUGGUUUGGGGCAACAAUUUACUGCAUUUCUAAUUUCUCAUUUUGAAACAAUGUGUAAAAUGAAGAAUAUAAAGUCACAAGCGCCACUUUGUACACAACUGAUACAUUGCAGUUGUAAUUGUAAAAGUGGGAUUAAUAUUUUAAACUAACAUUAGCAAUACUUCAGGCUACUCAUCAUAUUGAUUGAUGUAAGUUAAUAUCACAAUGCACCAAGUCUAGGAUUUUAAAGCGCUCUUAUUCUGGGAGUUGCAACUAACUUGUGUUGCCUAGUGAGCAGUUUCCUCUUUAAAUAGGGUUUAUAAUAAAAUGUAUUUGGAUAAAGCCUAUUGUUACAAUGAUCUUAUUCUAUCUUAUUAUUAAUGCCUAAAGAUAUUAUUCAAUAUCUAUUCUUACACGUGUUCCACACCCAAAAAUAAAUAUGAAAUGCUCCAGAUAUUUAUUAUUUUCUUUCAUAUAGGCCUGUCAAAACACAAUAGUAAUAUUUUGCAUGUCAUGGUUGCCUUUCUAAGCUUUUGCAACAACAGGUGAGGAAAGGAGGGGAUGCAUUAAAUGGAUAUGUAAUAAACUGUUGCCCAAAACCUUUCAGUCUGCAUCUGUGAAUUAAUCUUCUCUACUACUUCCACCAUCUCAUUAAUCAUGAAGACUGUGCUUUUUCAGUAAAAUGUGCUUACUAUCUUAAAAAAAAAGACACUGUGCAACAAGUGUGCCUUUAAUUGAGGUACCUGCAAAUCAUUAAAAACGCUGUAAUGUUGGUAUAGAUUUCACUAGCAGCUGUGCCAUCCCCAGAAAUUGGGAAUUUUCGCAAGCAAAGGAGUGCCAGAAUGCCUUUCCUAUUAAAAAUGGGUCAGUGAUGUUUUGACUUGCAAUUUCUUUUUUAAAACAUGCUUCACAGUAGGUUGCAAUUACCUAGAUUGUACUAGGAUUCUAGCGAGUAUCAGCAUCUUCAGUGGCCAAAGGUAAUAUCAUCCAUGUGGGUAUGUAAUAAUUUAACAUGGUUUUGUUAUUCUGGGUAUAGUGAUGUUGACACUGUAAUGUAAAUGUACAGUUAUAUAUUUUAUGUAUUUAAAAGAAAAUUCCAUAAUCAUUGUGCCGGUCACUUUCAUUUCAAAUUUUCUGUAGGAUGCUAUAUUUUCCAUUAGUAAUAAGACUACGAGAAACAAGUCCCAAUUGGGUGGGGGGGUUUGGGUGGGGUGGGGGAGGGGGGAACACGUACAAAUAUGUUUAGACAAAUAUUUCCUUCCGUGGCUCAACUGUGUAUUUUAAAUUCUUUUGGCAGCUUACAAUAUAAUGCACAAUAUUUUGUCUGUUAGUCAUUCAUGUAGAUGAAAUGUACUUUUGUUUAAGUGAGGCAACUUUAUAAAAUAUGUACCAGUACUGCAUUUGACACACUCCAUACCUAAGCUUUGCUUUAUCAAAUAAAGUGCCCUGUUGUCUCAAAUAAA